GCAGGCUCUGCCAGAAAAAAAAAGGAUCAGGCCCCUCGCCUUAACAGUGAUGGAAAACUAGACCCACUAAAUUGAAAUGGUGGGCUUCAGUUAAAAACUCACUGUUUCAAUUUAGGGGAGAAUGCAACCCCAAGAACUAAACCCUCGUCACAUGUACAAGCACCCUAGUUGAGAAGGAGAGUCAGCGUAGCCUGCGAGGCAUGUCUUGAGAAACUAGAAGGCCUCAUUCAGUGCCAGGUAAAUGAGCAGGAGACACUCCUCCAGCAUGUGGUCCAUUGUGGUUGGGGGGUGGUGCAGAAACCAGUGCACAGGGUGAAGUGGCCUCUGUCCUGCAGCAGCAGUGCUUGCUCCUCUUAAGCACCUGCUGGAGCUUAGGACUUGAAAUGUAUAUGGACUGUACAGAGGCUCAGCAAGACUCAGCUUCUCUGGGCCGUUCAGCCAUGACUCUGCAUCCCCCACUUACACCACCCCCUCCCCCAACUCUGGUGCCAUGUUAGUGCUCUCCUGUGGGGUUUACUGUUGCCAAAACCUCAGCCUCUGAUCUCAGGCCACUCCAGGCCCCAUGGCUGGAUCCUCUCAUUAGGAAAGCUCUCGCUGAGCCCUUGUCUUUCUUGUCCCUGUACCCCCAUGCUGCUGCCUAGCCCAACUGCCUAUACACAAGCUGCAGUGGUCUCAGUGACUUGUGAUACUUUGUGUCUCCAUGGGCAAGUCUCAUCCAGUCCAUCAUCACCAUGUUCCUAAGGCUGGGAGUCAUUCACCCACCUUUGCUCUAUCUCUCUCUGUGGGGCUGGAUCUCACUGCUAACUACUCAUUCCUCUUCUUGCUUGUCAUAGUGCUCCCCUGACCUACUGCUGUUGACUUAAAUGGCAGGGAGGGGAAUUCAGACUGCAUGCCAGGAAAAAGAAACCCUACUUUCUCACAAGACAAAGGUCAUGGGGAUCAUUAACCCUUUUGCAGCCAAAGCCUGCUCUCUGGCUGUUCUGAUCCUGCUGAUAAGGGACUUCCUAAUAAAGCUGAUGAAGGAAGAAUGAACGUCAAAAUUACCCUCCCUUCCUUGAAAAGGUAUCUGUCACCAGCCAGAAGGUAUGGCUCAUAGAACAGUAUGAGUUCCCUUGCCUCACUCACUCCUCCCCAUGGGUGAGCUUGAUUGGCCUACCUGCAUGGCAGGUGCCACUUGAAGCAAGCAGGGCUCCCACCUCACCAGCUCUGCCUCACACUCUCAGUGACUCUCACCACAAGAGAUGAUGGAGGGGACAAGUGGCCACAUGCUGGUCCUGGAAAGAUGCUAAGACUGGCUCCCACUGAUGCAGAGCAUCGCCUUCCUGUCAGCACUUCCACAUUCCCCAGGAUCACACAUGCACAUCCCUUGCCAUGUGCCAAUGCCCUGUAUCAACCUGCCCAGCCUGCUGGUGGAAGCCAAGUACCUCUGGCCACUAAUACACCUGGGCAGAGUUGUGUGGGAAUCAGCACCCCUCUACCAGCAGCCUGUAGAGCUUCCUCUAAUUUGUCCCCAUUUAUGAGUCGAAUCUCUCUCUGCUUUCCAGGACCUGAAGCAAAUUCUGUAUUCCAGUGGGAAUGAAGACAUUUCAUGGUGUCUCUUAUUUAUGACAUUGAUGGGCUGUGAAAUAGCAAACCUGAGGUUAUGAAAAGCAAGGAUUGUUGUGGUGCUAUCUUUUAUUGGACCAACUGCAUAGUUGAGAUAAAUUUAGUCCAAGUCUAUCCCAACUAUUCAGUUGGUCUAAUAAACAAUACUGCCCACAAAAAUCUUUGCUUCUCAAAUAUUUCCUGGACCAUCACAGCUACAUCAUUCCAAUACUGCCAGACCUGAAGGCUGUUCCUGGUCCAGGACUGAGCCCUGCCUGUGCAAACUUGAGACCCUGGAAUUGUGAGGUGAAAGGAGACAUAGAAGGCCUAGGAAACAUCAGCAGUUGAUCUGCUGCAAGGGUUUGAAUGUUAGAGUCCAACCUGAGACAGGGCAGGGAGUAGGGCAGGUAAUAAAAGUUUAUCACAUGGCUUUGUAUUUUGUCAGACAGUGGCUCAUACUGUCCCUUCAUGUCUGUCUGCCUGUCUGUCUGCCUGUCUGUCUCUUACACACAUACACACAGCAGUGGUGGGUUACAUUACAUGUGUGACCAUCUCAUGUACCUUUUUUAACCCUUCUUUGUAGGACAAACAUUCCAACCCCCUGGAUUGCUUCAAACAGCUGAUUUUUAAAUAAUUAAUAUUCCAGAGAAAUGUUUCCCCUCUGCCCUUGAAAUUGGAAUUUCUCCCUCCCUACUACCAACAAAACACAGGCUUCAGUCUAUAGCAGGUGUAGUGGCUGAUACGUUGUUUCUAGCCCUGACUGACUGUGAGAAAUUGGCUUCAUUCUUUCUGGAGAAGACUUUUUAGAUCCUUGGUGGAGGUCUUCAUACUCCCAUCUGUAUACUCAGAGCCAGAAGGCUAAGGGCCCAACUUGAAAAACAAGCCCAAGAGACAUUUUCAGGUUCUCUACCAUAUUUUUAAAGUAACUUCAUGAAAUUCCAUAGCCUGCACACUGUGGGUACGUGGGGACAUGAAUUGCUUCUCUGCAGCAUUGCUACUCAGGAGAGCACUUUGCUAGGCACGCGAGUGCACGUCACUCCUUGUUUAACACAGAGACCGCGAUGAACCCCAAGUCCACCCUGCGGCGCAGACGGACCAUUAUCGGAUUUCCUAACCUUUCGCUGCGAGACCAAGGCAAUAGCAAUGGUCCAACAUUCAGUCCACAUGCAACCAUAGUGGAGUCUGCAUCAUGCAGCUUUGUUCCUGAGGUUGGUAAUGGGAGAUACUCAACACAUGAGGCUGGCACCCCCCGGCCUCUGCCAGCUCCACUGAGAAAGACAUUCAGUGAUCUAGGGGAGACCCUGCAAGCACAUUGCUGCCAGGCCCCUACAAGGAUGGAGAGCAUAGGCACAACCUACACCAGUCCUUCUUGCAACAGACCAAAGGACUCUACUUUCUCCCCCUCUUGGAAUGCAAGUUCCUUCAACUAUAUGAGCCCAUCAAGUCCAGUCGCAAGCCAGAGCAAACUAGCCAAUGAAAACAUGUGUUCUUCACCAUGCAGUUCCAAGGUGUCUCCAGACAUAGGCUCACCUGUGACCAGCAACAGCACAACCUCCUUCUUCAUUGGUAAAGACAACCUCAUAGGAAGCAAUGGGUCCAGCUCAUUCUGCAGUGCUCCUGAGUCAUCCAUGAAUGCUGUAGGCAGCCAGAAGCCAGAGGAGAAAGAAGCCAAGGUGAACUUCUUGCCUAGCAGUGCAGAAGAUGCAGAGCCCUCCCAGGCGGAAAUGGACAGAAGUGCCUGUAGGUUCCGUGAGCGGUCAUUGUCUGUGCCUACAGAUUCAGGUUCUCUUUGUUCUGUGGAUAUCAUGUACACUGAGAACCGUCGAGGCAGUGCCAAUUAUGCACUGAGCUACCCCAGUGCCAGCUCUGAAGGUAGCACAAGUACAGAUAAUAUCUCCUUAGGUUUGGAGCAGGAUGACCAGCAGAGGCGACGCUCCAAAAGCAUCUCUCUCAAAAAGGCUAAGAAGAAGCCCUCUCCACCUACACGCAGUGUCUCUUUAAUUAAAGAUGGACAGGUCGUCAAAGCAGAAUCUGUUUCAGUGUUGCCAAAGGACCAGAGACCCAAGAGCCUUUGCAUCCCAUUAGAUCACCAGGGACAUAACUUUGUGCACACCGAUGCCCAGGGUAACACAGCAGUGCCUCCCACAAGGGACCAGGACAACAUGCAUUUUUCUCAUCAGUGGUAUCUCAUGGACUGGAAGUCCAGUGAUCCUUACCGGUCUCUGUCCAGUUCCAGUACUGCCACAGGUACCACUGUGAUCGAAUGUGUUAAGGUGCAGGGCAGCUCUGAGUCCCUUAUCUCCCCCUCCAUUUCCAGAGCCACCACACCUUCCCAGCUCUCCACUGAGGUGGACAUGAAAACCUCCUCACCAGGGAGACCCACUGGGCUGAUGUCCCCUUCCAGUGGCUACUCCAGCCAGUCAGAAACCCCAACACCAACCAUCCCCACAUCAGCCAUUCUCGGACACUCUCCACACCAGACCAACAGGGUGAGGCCACUGGUCCCUGAAAGGAAGUCAUCACUGCCCCCGGUAUCACCUAUGGAGAGGAGCCCUAAGUCUAGACUAUCCUUCGACUUGCCAAUUAAUCCACCAACACACCUGGACCUUUCAGGGCUAAAGAUCUCUCUUAAGGGUAAGACCAAAGUGAGCAGGCAUCAUUCUGACUCCACAUUUGGAACCAAGCUUGGCCAGAAGACAAGCACCAUCCAGCCCAUCAUGCCUGUGGUCACACAGUCAGACCUGAGGUCAGUUCGUUUGCGCUCUGUCAGCAAGUCAGAACCAGAGGAUAAUACUGAUAGCCCAGACCAUGCUGAGGAGCAGAGAGAAGAUGUCUUCUCCCCUCCGGAGAGGAAAGUGAAGCCCCCAGUAGCAGAGAAGCCACCAUUAUCCAGGAGACCCCCAAACAUCCUUCACAAGCAACCACCUUUACAGGAGGAGUCCCCCCUAGCAUCCCCAACCUCCCCUCUGACUCCACCAGGUGCCACUGCCAGAGAGAAGGCACUGUCACAAGACAUGUACGUAGCCGUCCGGAAACCCAAGCCGAAGAUUUCUGAUGAUAGGAGCCCUGGGGAGCCCCCUUUGCCCCUGGCAGCUGCACUACCAUCCCCCCAGGGCUCUCAGGGGAUGUUUUUCUCAGGAACACAGAGACUGUCUCAGAGCAGCCUGGAAGACGAGCUGCAACUGGCACCAGAGAGGAGCAAUGCCCCCAGUGGUCCUGAUGGGGAGAAGAGGAAAGCCAAGAUCCCUCCCCCAGUUCCAAAGAAGCCCAGUGUGCUCUACCUACCACUCAUCACUCCCUUGCCCCCACAAGGGCCCAGUCAAGGAGAGCAGAGGUUGACGCCUAGCCCUAUCAUCACGCUGGAUGAAGACAACAGCUGCUGUGACCCAACCAUGAGUGACCUGCUGCCACCCGCAGCACAGGAGAAGACAGUGAACUCUCCAGCUGUUGUGUCUGGGGAGAUUCCUUCAGGGAACUCGAUGGAGUUUGGUGCUGAAGAGAAGAGUUUUGUAAGCGAUAAAACAGCAGAUUCAAUAGUAGAGGAAGAUGAUGAUGUGUUUGUGACAUCCCGCACGACAGAGGAUUUAUUCACUGUGAUCCACAGGUCAAAGAGGAAGCUGCUUGGGUGGAAGGAGCCAAGUGACUCCUUUGGCAGCAGACCAAAUUCUCUCUCACCAGUCAAGAACACAUCAGGGUCCCCAACCAGCGAAUCCCCCACAGCAACUGUUGGUAUUGGGAAAGCUUCAAGCAGGACUGAAGACUUUAAGGCCCUGCUACAGAAGAAAGGCAACAAAACCAGUCCUGGGAAUCGCACCUCUGCAGCCGAACUGCUCAAGACCACAAACCCUUUGGCUCGGAGAGUCAUGACAGAGUUUGCCUCAGAGUUGGAUAAUGUAAGUGGACCCAAAACCCAGCCCUAACCACAGUUAAUUCUUCUUGACCAAGACACGUUUGAGCAGGUUGGAAGAGCACACACUGGUGGAUGGUAGUUUUAUGCUAACUCUUAACCCAGUUACAGCUCAUGGGGGUUGCUCCAUUACUAGUUAACAGCAUGGAUGCAUCCUGUCCUGCUAGGAUUUUUAUCUUUCUUUUCAUUUCUUUAUUGGCAAUUGCGAAUCAUUUUUUGUUUCUCCCUGGGGAGAAGAUAAAUGUUUUAAUGAAGGAGCACACACCCCUCCUAUGUACACAGCUUUGUGUCAGCAUUUCUGGUGGAGAUGCAGCAGUUACAUUUUGAAGUGGAAAGAGAUGGAUGUGAAGUGGAGAGGAUGGAUGUGAAUCAUUGCCACUGGAGGCAUCGUCAGAUGACGCUGGGCUUCCUGUUCGUUCCUACCUUUUCCAGGUUCUGAUGAGGAGGGCUGAAUUGUUCCCUGCUCUUUUGGGAAUUACAAGGAGACUCUAUUUCAGCCCCACUUAUAAUUCAUCAUCCACAAUGAAACUAACUUGAGACUGUUCCAUCACUUUGGCAUGUGGUACUUUAAAUGGCUUUUAUAAUGCAAAAUUGUGAUAAUGCUUAUUUCUCUUUCAUCUGACCUUGUAAUUUGAGUUUUCCAUGUAAAGGUCAUGGUGUUGAGUUCAGUUGGACAGGUGGAAUUUCUCACUGGAAGCAGCCAGUUAGAACAAGAUUCUUCAGGAUGGUUCCCAUUGUUCAUUCGAAGCAACCCUUACUGACUCAACUGCAAGGUACUAAUAUGUCUGUGACUCCUUUCACCAGUGAUGUUAGCUCUUAAUACCAAAAUAUAGGUAAUCAGCUGAAAGCCCCUGACAGUGCUGCAUUUCAGAGAACCAUUUCUGUUCUCAGACCCAAAGGUAGUAACAUCCAAAAAAGCAUUAGAGUAUUUACACUCAGAGUAGCAAUCACAAUCAUUCUGAGUCCCCAAUCCUGCCCUGAGCUCCACAUGCACAGGCCUCAGCACCUG